UCAGCUUCGACCACCCAGCUGCAGGAACAAGGCAAAGACUUUUUACCUAUAUCACUCCUCAUUAAUCCACCUAACAACAACCCCCAAUAUCAUCCACCAAGUCCAGUCAUCAACAAGACUUCACACCAGCAAAAUGUCCUUCCAUUCCACCCCCUCCAUCACAACCCUCUACCCCGAAUACACCACCACCACCCCCCUCGACCACCUCCGCUCAACCGCCUACUCCUACCUCGACGCCCAAUCCCACACCUACCUCGACUACACCGGCUCCGGCCUUUGCUCCUCCGUCCAACUCGCCGCCCACGAAGCCCGGCUCGCCUCCACUUUAUACGGCAACCCGCACUCCGUCAACCCCACCUCCGAAGCAGCCACCAUCGCAGUCGAGCAAACCCGCAAGAGGAUACUAAAGCACUUCAACGCCGACCCAGCAGAAUAUGCGGUAGUCUUCACUCCGAACGCUACGGGCGCGGCGAGGUUGGUCGGGGAGGGGUAUCAGUACCGACGGGGGGGAAGGCUGGUGUUAAGUGCGGAUAAUCAUAAUAGCGUUAAUGGGCUGAGGGAGUUUGCGAGGAGGCAUGGGGGGGGGGUGAAGGUUGCUUGUGUGGGGAUUGAUACAACUGGGGCGAGGGGGCCGAGGGGGGAGAUGAGGAUUAGAGAGGAGGAGGUGGUGAGGAAGUUGCCGAGGUAUACGGGGGUGGGAGGGGGGGUGAGGAAGGUGGUGCAAGUGGGGAAGGACGUGGGGAAGGAGGCGGGAAGGGGGUGUUUGGGGCGGUUCUCUUCUUCUUCUAGAUCGGGGAAGAUAUUGCUGCCGACGUCUGCGUCAGAGAAACACCAUUACCAUCACCAUCAACAACCGGCGGAGAAGAAGGAGGGAACUGGAAGCGAAAGGAGAAACGGCCUGUUUGCGUACCCGGCUCAAUCCAACUUCACUGGCGUCAGGCACCCGCUUCACUGGGUGCCACUAGCUCAGUCGCGAGGGUACGACGUCCUGCUUGAUGUCGCUGCCUACUUGCCUACCUCCCGCCUCGAUCUCUCAGGGGACAUCAAGCCCGAGUUCAUCAUCGUGUCAUGGUACAAACUCUUCGGCUACCCCACCGGCGUCGGCAGUCUCAUCGUCAAGCGCUCUGCCCUCGCCAAGCUCUGCAGGCCUUGGUUCAGCGGUGGUACCGUUAAGGCGGUCACCGUUGGAGUAAAGUGGCAUCAGCUCAGCGACCGGCUAGAAGAAGCCUUCGAGGACGGGACGGUCAACUUUCUGAGUAUCCCCGAAGUGGCUGUGGGGUUGGAUUGGUUAGAUUCCAAGGACAACCCCCCUCCUUCUUCUAGUCCUGGUCCUGGUCCUGGUCCUGGUCCUGGUUCAGACGGAGAGAGUGAGAGGGAAAGGUACCUCUACAGAGUAGGAGGCAUGGAAAUCCUCGAGACGCGCGUCCGGUGUCUAACCGGGUACUUUCUGGAAAGAUUAAAGAACCUGCGCCACAGCGACGGCCGACCAAUGGUUGAAAUCUACGGCCCAACAGAAAAUAAAAUGCGCGGAGGCAGCGUGGCGUUUAACCUGCUCGAUGCGCGCGGGCAGUACGUCGAUGAGCGACUUGUUGCGUUCGAGUCGGCGGCCGCGAGGAUUAGUCUGAGGACGGGCUGUUUCUGUAACCCCGGCGCGGGCGAGGCGGCUUUUGGGUUGGAUAUUUGGGCGUCGUUUUUCAGGUUGCCACUCCCAAAACUGUGGAGCAUGUGGAGAGGCCAGGGGAGGGAUAAGAAGUUGAGCUUCGAGGAACUACUGAGGGUGCUGGGGUUGCCGACGGCUGGGGGGAUAAGGGUUAGUUUUGGGGUGGCGAGUAAUGUGAGGGAUGUUGAUUGUUUUUUCGGGUUUGUGGAGAAGACUUAUAGGGAUCGAGUGACGGGGAAGGAGGGGUUGCCGGAUAGGCAAGGGUGCUGAGAGCAAGAAAGGUUAAGGGUUGGGAUGUAGAAAGGAUGGCAAUAGAAGAAAUGCAAAUAAAGUUGAAAGACGUUGCUGGCGACCUCAGAAUGUGUGAUGGAGCAUGUUUCCACUUCGUUGUGGAGGGACUCAGCUGUGUCUUUCUUGCGGCUUGUCGGAUAAGAAGGAUGACGCUUUGAGUAGAAUAGGUACCCUUUGGGCCGUUCUUACUGUGCUUUUGCUCCUUGUUUGGUCUCUUGUGUUGGUGUUGAGGUGGGAAGCCUGGAGGACGUUGAAUGAGGCUUGGGGUCGAGAGAUGUGAGAAAAGUGGGUCAAAAAGUGCUUUCAGCUACAGUGGGCAAGCGCUGUAUUUCAGCGGUCUUUCAGGUACGAAUCGACGCAAUGAGGUCAAAAGUGGAGCCCCGCGUUAUCGAUGUCAUCCGCCUUGAC